AUGGCGCUGCGCCGCUUGUGCCGGGUGCUGCUGUUCCUCUCCCAGUUCUACAUCUUGUCGGGAGGGGGAUCCUUAAAUUUAGAGCAGUUGCAGCCGCUGGCUCAGUCAAUAAAGGAUCCGGGCCCAACACGUACUUUCACAGUAAUUCCCAGGGCAGCAGAAAGUACUGAUAUCCCACCUUAUGUGAUGAAGUGUCCAAGUAAUGGUUUGUAUAGCAAACUUCCUGCAGACUGUGUAGAAUGCAAGACAAAUUUCUCCUGUGUCUAUGGGAAGCCUGUCACCUUUGACUACACGGUCAAACCUUCUGUUACCUGUGUUGAUCAAGACUUCAAAUCCCAAAGGAACUUCAUCAUCAACAUGACUUGCAGGUUUUGCUGGCAGCUUCCAGAAACCGAUUAUGAGUGUUCCAAUUCCACCAGCUGCAUGACGGUGUCCUGUCCCUGGCAGCGGUACAUGGCCAACUGCACCGUGCGGGACCACGUUCAUUGCCUGGGUAACCAUACCUUUCCAAAGAUGCUGUACUGCAACUGGACUGGAGGUUAUAAGUGGUCUACUGCUCUGGCUCUGAGCAUCAACCUCGGUGGGUUUGGAGCCGACCGUUUCUACCUGGGCCAGUGGCCGGAAGGCCUCGGCAAGCUCUUCAGCUUCGGCGGCCUGGGCAUAUGGACGCUGAUAGAUGUCUUGCUGAUUGGUGUUGGCUACGUGGGACCAGCAGAUGGCUGGGACUCGUCAGCAGACUGA